AUGCCAGUAUUUUUGGAGUCAUGGCUUAAGCGAUUCGAAGAUUUUUUCAAAUUCGAAUUGAAGAACAAGAAUGAUAUUUUCGAUCCUGUCAGUAUUGUGAUGCACCAGCUUGUGUUCAGAGAACCCAUUAUUCAACGUGUUAGUCUCAGACCGACAUUUUGGCCAUCUACGGAACGGGAUGCAGCCAGCUUCAGAUGCACGGUUUAUGGAAGUGGCAUAAAUCUGGUGGCCGAAUUGCUAUUUUGCUCCAACCAGUCCGUUGGACUAAAUACUCAACGGCGUUACCUUAUCCUUUCUCGAAAAAAGCUUCCAAUAUCCGUUCUCGGUCGGAUUGGUUCGGUGAACUUAACAUGGCUUGAAGUCCCUUCCCGGAUUUUUCACGGCGAGUUCAUUUGCUUGGUUAGACCGGAUAGUGAAAGUGUGCAACGAGAACGAUAUCUGAAUGUUCUUCCUUUACAGACCCGCAAUGUACAAUUCAGUGCAUCGAUUCGACAUUUGACUAUUGUUCCUCACUGUCCUGUUCAACCUUUGCUUAGAGUUAGCACUUCAAGUAAACAACUGAGUUUAGGUUCACGUUUUGAAGCCUCCUGUAUCGCAGCCACUACAACAGACGGAUUGCCCCUCAAGCUGUAUUACUUGACUCCAAAGUUGUCCAUCAUUAUAUGCACCAAAAUGGAGCUUCGAGUGAAUGAUACUAGAUUGCCAGUCUCAGUUCCAGCUCCAUGCUUUUCGGUUGCACCGGAGGAUCAUGAUUGUACCCGCAAAGCUCCCCGCAGUUCCAUCGAUCGAACGUACUAUCCAACACUUUGCAAUGCUGCUCAAAGCUCAACGCAUACUGCCCUAUUUCGGACUAUUCACUUUGCUGUUACCAAAUUACGACCGGAGGAUUUGCACGGUCGGCUGUUUUGCAAAACGAUUGAUAUUUAUUCUAUGUGGUCUGCUGUUAAACAAUCCAGGACACCUCAACUAAACAGUAAAGUUCAUCUAAUGCGUUUUCGGGUACAGCCUCAGAUCUGGUCAUUCAAUUUUCUCCCCGAAUUACAAGGAUGGGAAUGCAGAGUCAUUGCCUAUCCUAUGUAUGGGAGACCAGUAAUUCAAUUGAUCCAAGCUACACCGGUAUGGCUACAAAUUCAACUGGAUAGUUACAGUUCAUUCGAGAAUCAAACCAUGCCAGAAAUUUUAAACUCACACCUACUGCCCACUUCAGAUAGGAAUGAACAGGAAGUGGAAUUCGACAGUGGAGAGUAUUACUGCAGCACAUGGAGCCCAGGCUAUUUUCACACCGUGAACGAAACAAUGAGUAAAUUACUCAAAGGUGAUAAGAAGCAAAUAGCCUUCGGUUAUAGAUUAUUGACUGUCAGUCCCAUAUUUCGUUUUGCUGAAAUCGGAUCCAUACCUGUUGGACAUAUGCUUCAUUUGCGCUGUGUUGCCUGGGCAACCAAUCAUCACCAAGGCAAACUGAACACGUUCACUUUGUUGCCAAUGCAUAGACCUAUGGGUUCAAAUCGUACAGUACAUAUUAAUCAGGUCCCAGGUGCUCUUGUGAAAGCUCAAUCGGAGCAUUAUCAGAGAAUAGAUGACAAACAUGAAUUAUAUCACAUAGGUUGUCUGAUGAUAGAUAGAAUGACGGAACAACAACUAGUUCUACCCGGUCCCAAAACCGAAUGUAGGGUUCCGGAAGAUUUACAUUGGUAUCCAGCUCAGGAGGUGAUACAUUUGAAAACAGGUAAGAUUUCGUGCACCACUCAAGUUGGCUGUCCCCAUAUUCAAUUUCAGUGGCAUUGGGUUGCCGGACCAGUGCCACAACUGACUCCUCCAUCAGACAGAAUCUAUCAGGAGAUCAAACCAGGUCCGGAGCUUGAUUUAAGUCAAUUACCGAGAUGUGGGACCUAUGUGUUUCGUUGCACGGUUACCUGUUGGUGCGGUCAAGAAUUUAAGACCAACUCCAUUCAGGCAUCGUUUUACUUCGAAACAGACCAUCUGGAGCAUAAUAAACAGGAUAUGGAACAAGAGGCAAGAGACGGUAAUACUACUCUUGGGAGCAGUUCUAACGAUUCCGACAUCUCGCUAAUUCAAAGAAGGAAACAAGAACGGUCAAUAAUCAAGGGAGAGGUUGAGGGUUCACCGGACGAAGUUUUCGCUUUGAGACGUCUUUUUGACACUUCAUCUGAUCGCAUAAGCAAAGAUAUAGAGUUUGAACGAAUCCAACCAUGUGAAGAAAUCAAACAGCAAAGAGAGCUGGAAGGUUUUACUGAUGGACCAGAUCAACGUGAUAGACAUUCGUCGGGAUCUUUUCUGGGCCCGUUACUAACAUGGUUGCACAUAAAUGUUCCGAGCGGGCGUUAUGUUGAGACAGUCGAUGAUAUAACAUCACAAACGACCGAUUACUUAGAUUACGCGCUUCGACCGACGGAAAACUUCCGUAGCCAUAUUGUUCGCGGCUGUAAUCGAUUCAUGUCUACCAUGGCCGUACGAUGUCCGGGGAGCUUUGAUUCAUACUCACCAAAUCUGGAGUUGAAUGAAUGGCAAAGAGAGGCGUUAACAAAAGGCUUAUUCCUAGGGCUUAAUCACCUGCGCAGUCAUAAAGAAUUUCGAAAGAUGCUUAACAGAAACUUGGAAGAUUAUUCAAAAGAAUAUGAUUCUUUGAAGAAAAUGAGAGAAGCGUCUUUUCGAAAUUUCUGUAGAAAGAGAACGUCAUCUGAGGAAUAUGAAAUUUAUGAGAACGAGAAUGGAACAAUGGACAGGUAUUUAAAAGUACCGAUUACAAAACCACGAGAUGAAGCCCAGCAAUCCAAAUCUAGUGUUUCGGUGACUAGCGUUGCGGAUAAAAGUGCAACUUCGAAACGAAGACGCCUAAUCCGUGUUGCCCACAACAGGACCGAAAAGAGUCCUCCUCUAAUAAAGGACUAUUUUUCUCACUUGAAUUCCGAAAUGAGAUACAUUCCGCUUGGUUACCGUGCUUCCCUGUUUGGGCGGGGUGGUCUGGAGGAUACACGAUGGAGUCAUUUACGAGCGUUUCGCGAACGUACACGGCGUAAAUUCAUGUUUAUUGAAGCAGAACAAAGAAGUGCUCCCAAGCCGGAAUACCUUGAGUCAUUAGCCCUGACAAAAGAGAAUUUGGAAGAACUGGAUGAGACAAUCUUGUCGAAUACAAAUCGAACACUUUUGCAUAUUCUUCCGUGGGACCCAAAUUCAUUAGAGGAACAUUCCGACGAUUGGAAUCAACGACAAUUAGAUUAUCCUGAUCAUGACAGUCCAUCGGAUCGGUCACUGAUUACUGAUCCUAUGCAGAUGACAGACGAAUUAAGAUGGAGCUUUUACAAUAACCGAAUAAACCAUGCAAGGCGAGACGCUAGAACCAACUUUGUGCCAGUUAAAUUUUCCGAUCGAUCUGAUGGUUUUCCCGGUCUUAAAAACCUAGCCAUGGGCUGGCCUUCGUUAAAUCUCACUCGAAUGGACACAGGAUGGAGCACAUUUUUUAAUCAAAUUGCACUUUAUUUCCGUGAAACAUUGUCCAACAACGGUAACGAAGAAUGUGAUGAGGCAAUAUUGAGAGACGAGUUAGAAAUCAUACCUGGUUUGAUCACGUUGCCCUCCACGACCACAAUCAUUUGCCCCGUUCCAACUAUCUCCGAGGGCAGUGAUCAUAAACUGACCAAGUUGGUCUGGCAGCGAAUAGCUCAACUUGAUCGUUUUGACAUUCAUGCGAAAGAGGAGGUGGAAGAGAUCAUCCAGUUAGCAAUUGAAAGACGCGAGUUGAAGCUGCUGUCACCGCGUUUCAUUUCUCCCAAUCGUGUAUAUACUUAUCCACCCAAACGUUGGCCAAAUGCCUUUACUUUAGAUAUUGUGAAUUUGAACGUUGAAGAUUUCGGAUACUACGCAUGUGUAAGCAUCUUUGAAUCUAAACAGGUUGGAUCACAACCAAACAAUCGGAGACAGACAUUAGAGGAUGUGUGUUGUUUGUUAGUAGUUAAUGACUUGUUGACCUUUCCACACUUGGGUCAAGUGACACGCAAAUGGAGCGCCUGCACCAGUUUUUUCUGUGCACACCGGUCGGGGCCUAGUAAGCGAAUGGCGACCGCCUUGGCCUUGGCCAAUAUCCAAAUUCGUGUCACCCUCGAUCGUUAG